CUUCCAGGCUGCACUGGACUGGCUUUCAACUUUCGAUUUUGAAAGCAUUUAUUCCACAGCCUCCUCAAAGCCUUGUUCUUCUCGGAUCUCUCCCCCUCCCCUCCUCUUAUCCUCAGGUCACUGUGACUACAGAGGAAUGGAAAAGAUGUGAAGACCUUGGGGAGAAAACAAACUCUACAGAGCAACAUUUUUUUUGUUUUUUUUAAAGAGAGGAUGAUCCCACCGGCCAACAUGAUUCAGGACGAAAGUGGGGGCAAAGAGGACGAACGGGACCAGAAUGAAACACCCAAAUCCCCGUCGGUGAACGCCAGCCAGCAGGAAACCAAGAAUACUGUGAGGCCUGAACAUCAGAAGCGCAAGCUGCAGAGACUCAAGCGCUCCUUGUCCUUCAAGACCAAGAGCAUGCGCAGCAAGAGCGCAGACAACUUCUUCCGAACGAGCAGCGACAACAAGACGGAGCUGCUCUCAGACGUGAGCAGCAGCACGGGCCAUCUCUGCAACAUCGGGAUGGCCCCGCCGCACUCCACCAACCACCCUAUCCCUCCGGUGCCUCCAGCCAUCCCCUCCGCACCUCCACCCACGUCACGCUCCCAGUCACGCAACCCGCUGCAGGUAGACUCGGCGGGACACUGCUUCAUGGAGCACAUCUUCAAGAAGCCCACGUUCUGUGACGUCUGCAACCACAUGAUCGUAGGCACAACAGCCAAGCAUGUGGUGUUCCUGGCGGGAAACACGGCAAAGCAUGGCCUGCGCUGCAAAGCCUGCAAGAUGAGCCUACAUCACAAAUGUGAGAAUGGAGUGGGACAGCAGCGCUGCAUGGGAAAACUGCCAAAAGGCUUUCGACGGUACUACAGCUCUCCAUUACUGAUCCAGGAACAGUAUGGCUGCAUCAAAGAAGUAAUGCCCAUCGCCUGUGGCAACAAGGUGGACCCCGUGUAUGAGGCCUUGAGGUUUGGGACGUCGCUGGCACAAAAGGCCAAGAGGGCCAGUGGCUCUGAGUCUCCGCACAGAAACUCAACCAGUGACUUGGAUAAGGUUCCAGAGGAAGUUGUGGCUCACAGCAGUAGGCAGGAGCUGUCGAGAAAACACAGCGAUGAUGUUUUCACAAAUAUUGAGAACGGGACAGAUCAAUACUUCCAGCCAGAGAGAAAACCUGAUGAUUUGCUGUUUGAGCAGAGCCAACUACAGAAGGAGGUCCUUAAACUCAACACCUAUGUGGCCUUGUUCAGCUUCACUCCCCAAGACAGCCAUGACCUGGACAUGAGAGCUGGAGACAGAAUCUUGUUGGCUGAUGACUCCAAUGAUGACUGGUGGAAGGGGGUUAUUGAGGACAGGAUCGGUUUCUUCCCAGCAGCCUAUGCUCAUCAGCUGCGGGUUGAGGACCAAGUGUUCAGGUGUAACAGGACGUUCAUUGGCUGUAAAGAACAAGGCCAGAUCACCCUGAAGGAAGGACAGAUCUGUGUGAGCAGUGAGGGCGAAAACAGCGGCUUCAUCAGAGUGGCGAGUGGAAAGAAGAGAGGCUUCGUGCCCUGUGACGUUCUGGAAAUCAUCUGAUACAAACAGACGAAUGAAGAGAGAAAGAGAGGAAAGAAAGGAUUAGUCGUCUGGAAGUCAGAGGAGGAGGGAACUGAAUCUGCAAAAUGGCUACAAGAAACCAGUGAGGGAGUUCGCCUCAUCAGAAAUUUGGAGUCAGACCUGAAAGUGAUGAUGUUUUUUGUGGAUGAGAACUCCACAUGGUUGCAGGUCAGAGUGUCAGUACCUUCUUCACUCCCUUUAAGCACUUUUUUUGUUGGCAGAGACAUGAGAAUUCACUGGAUUUGAUUUAAUUUAUAGAGCCAAUGUGUGUGUUUCUUUUCCUCUUAGUUUUAUUCUGCUACAAACUUUUUUUUAAAGGAGAAUUGCCAUCUUGCUGUUUAAGCCAAAGAUAAGGAAACAGGCACUUAGUACAAUGAUUAUUUUUCAAGGUUUCAGCACAAACAAUGGCAUUCCUCCUACAAAUAGUUUAGUUUCUCAUGCUUUUACAUUAUGUUCAAAGACAAAGUUGAGCUUUUAAUGCAAAUGUCAUUCCAAUGGACUCCAAAAUGUCUGAUUAUUAUGGAUGACAAAGUCCUUUAAUGUCAGAAGAUGAUGAAAACUUUAGAUCAGAAUAAACAACAUAUACAAUUAAAUAAGAACAUUUACUUUCUUUGAAACCUCAAAUCUCCCUCAAAAUCCAUUUAAAAAAAGUAUAUAUAUCUAACUUCUACCGUAAAAAUACAGUCCUAAGACAGAUGUUAAAAAGGUUUGUGUUUCAGGUGAGAAACAGAACAUCAGAUGUAACAAAGAGAUCUGUGGGAGUGUUUUCAGAGGAGUUUGACACAAUCAAAGACUGCUGAGAAAUUCUCAGUGGUCUUCCAAAAAUAUUGGCCUCAUAUUCCACAGGAUUAUAAUAUUUAAUUGAAAGCAAUCAAGGAUUUAAUUAAAUGAUGAUGGUAAUAUAAUUUAUUUUAUCAUCAUUAGGAUCAGAAACAAAGAUAAUCAUUUAAAUCUAUGUUCCAGUGGACACAAAAUGUAACAUGUUGCAUUGUGUCCAAUCUAUUGAAUUAGAUGUAUCUUUAAAGCUUGUCUUUAACUUAAUUGUAUCUCUUUUCAGUUGUUAUUAUUUCAAAGAUUUUACAGCUUCAUUGCUAUAAAAGGGAACGAGACAUAAAGAAGGCUCUGUGAACACAUGACGGCGCCUGUAAGCCAAUGACACAUAUAAGAAAAGAAACAUUCAUAGUUUAGGUGUUGCCUUUAAUUGUGACCACUCUCAUGUGGUUUUCCUCUUUCUCAGCACAGACAGUUCUGAUCAGCACUUCUUGUUUAGAUUCCAGUUAAGUGCGUUUAUUGAAAGGUGUUGCAUCAUAGUAGAUAUAGUAUAUCUCAAAGGUUGUUCUGCACUGAAACUUGGCUUUAUUGAAUGUCCAAGAACUCCACAUUGUACAUACUGUACAUACAAGAUUAAAAUGUCUUCUUUAU